AUGGCACAAGCCGGGCCCGUUCCAAUCGGGGCCGAUGUGGUUACCGAUUUCACCCCGUACCUAAAUACCAUUUUAAAGCGCCAAGAAUCAGCCCACGUUGACAAGGUUGGAUGGAAGUCGGAGGAUCAGCGGUUGCAUGCGAAAGGGUGCGGCCUUCGCUGCAGUCGAGAAGUGGCGUCGGGUGAGCGCAAGGAGGCGAACGCGGACGAGGAGCCGGCGAACUUGAUAGGCACAAUCGACAUUCUCAGCUGCAGUGAUCUCCCUUUCUCGCAUCAGAGUAUCCCGCCAAUUGGAAUCGGUGAUGUUCCGAUAGAACUCCUCCGCAUCGUCUUUGACUAUCUAGGAGACGAAGAUAGGCCAAAGGACUACCAAUCGUCUACAAUUACCGACUCCGCAAAGCUGAUGGAGAUGCUGACCAAGGCUGAAAGUUGGGGCUUAACGGAGACGUUGCCUGGCCACGUGGUCGGUAAACUAAUACCGGAGGAGAAUACGGCAUGUCAGCCCCAAGUUAGAGAGAGAGAAUGGUCAUUUCACUGGGAUUCGGAGAAACCCUUAGCCGCAGAUCCUACUCCUGUCAUUACCGAAACUUCUACUGAUAUUUAUGAAAUGGAGGACUUUGCCCACGUCCCACCACUAAGCCAAGAAAACUUUUCCAAUAUCGAGAAGCUCUUGCAUAAUCAAAACAGCACGGGCGCCCUGAGCGAGGCUAAGCUCCCAUCGCUAGCGGCUAUGAACACCAUUGCUCGGGUGCCGAUGGAGAAAGACAACUCAGUCGUCCGGCAGCUCUGGUACUGCCAGUGCCUCAUCCUCAACCUCAUCGACAUGUCAUAUAGUGGUGAUGGGAGAAUGAUGGAUAUUUCAGAAGAAGCAUUGGAGCUUCCAAAACUAGAGCCUACGUUGAUAUCUCUUCGUUCUGAGAGUUUUGCGCUGUCAUCGUCACCGGGUCCUAGUUGUUUCACUGGACUCAUAAUUGUCUGUGCCAUCUACCGCCACAUCAUGGGAGCGCACGAGUCCAUUCGCGGAGUCUUCUUCCCACGUCCUGAUCACCGGGAGAUCGCCAUCCGAAACUUGAAUGCCGGCGCUGCUGAGGCUAUAACUAGGCUAUUAGAACAGCAGAGGGGUGUCUCAAGAUUGACCAGCGUCUCCGAUGGUACAAUCCAUCUCCUGUCGCGAACUGAGUGCUACGGGCUCCUCGGCUUGACACUGUUCCACGCACCACGGAGGGAUAUUCUCAACUACGUUCGCUGCCUUGGCGAAUCUAGUCCUCCUACGGUAGAGGCCUAUAUCGUAGCAACUUAUCAGGCUGCUCACUACGUGGAGGGGGGCUUUCAUCAGCCUGUAGCGACGCUGUGGGCCGCGCUUAUAUUAUGGACCUUUAGUCGCUUUACAGCUAGUGCGGACCUGGAACAGCAGCAAGGUCGUACGGUACGACUAGAUCGCGACUGGGCGACAGAUGAGAUGAAGGCGUGGUAUGAUGGUGCGGAGAACAUCCGUGGCCCGUCUAUGGGCGGCAGACGCCUGGGCCUUGCAUGCUUCAUACAUAACGCGGCAGUUCUUGCCGCACGGUCUACUGGCUGUGGUAAGCAGCCUUCUCUCAAUACGGGAAUCUACAACACCACGGUUGGGGCGAAGGCGAGGCAGUAUUAUGUCCGCUUACCUGAAAACUACGACCGUGGCCACCCAUAUCGUCUCGUCUUCGCAUACCAUCAGUUCGGAAGUAGCAUGGAAAGCAUUGUUGCAGGAGAGGAUCUCGACGCCCCGCUUGGAGGCGCGCUGCGCUUCUUCGGCCUCCUACCACUCGCGAAUGAGACAGCCAUUUUUGUUGUGCCAGACGGGCUGGACCGACGGUGGGCUAAUAUAGGAGGAGAAGAUAUUCAAUUCUUCGACGAUAUGGUCUCUACCAUUGGAAACGCCCUCUGUAUCGAAGAAACACUACGAUUCUCUACCGGGUUCAGCUUCGGCGGCUCCAUGUCCUUUGCAAUCGCCUGUGCGCGACCGGACAUUAUUCGCGCCAUCGCGGUGCUAUCGGGUGCCCAGCUAUCUGGGUGUGAGGAAAGCGAGGAAAGCCCUUACGGGUCCCGUUUUACGGACAGCACGGCACAGCAGACCAAAUGCUCCCCAUUGCGUCGGGGCGGCAGCUACGCGAUCGGUUUGUGGACUUGA